AUGAGUAAUAGGAACAGCGGUUUGUGCGGUGGAUUCUACCAUUUCAUGUCUCCAGAUGGUUUGCAUGAUGAUCGAGACAUCCAGGUCAGAGACAUCUGCACAGCUAUCAGCCAGCACACCACGUGCACUGGACUUCCACACAUAUAUCGCAGUAGAGGUGUUAUCAAGAGGGCAGGCUGGUUCUUGAUAACACUGGCGGCCAUUGCAGGGCUCGUCUUCCAGUUGUAUGAGCAGGUAUCUAGCUACGUACAGUUUCGAGUUGAUAUUGUUAUAACGGUCCAGACAGAUUAUCAGCUUGCAUUUCCGUCAGUGACAAUCUGCAACAUGAAUCCCAUCAAAAAGUCUAGUCUAACGGAGUACCUCUACAAUGUCUCAACAGCUGACGGAUCAUUUCGUUUUAAAAGAAAAAAGAGAUCAACAAGUUAUUUUUAUGAAAAUAAUUUUGAUUGA